AUGCAUUCUCCAGUGUCCUGUCACUAUGAAAUCAAUUUACACUUGGAGAAAAGUGGGAUAUCUUACUCCAGAUGGGCCUAUGAGCCUGCAGGAAUCUCCUCUGAGUGCCAUCACCACUAUGGAGAACGCAGAUUCGGGUAUGGGUUCCCGCGGAGGCCACUGGGGCAGCACUGGGGGGUCACAUGGAGGGUCACAUGGGGGCCCUCAUGGGGGUACACAUGGGUCAUCGUCCUCCCACAGAGCGGGCGACUCUUCCACUCUUCCCAGGGCACAUCUUCACUCGGGGCCCCGCCCAAAAACUCACCCGCAAAUGCCCUUACCUCUGUGCUACCUCCAAAACAGAACUCGUUGUCAAAUGGGAAGCUGACCAAUGGCAAGAGUUUGGACAAUGACUCACCCAAAGAAGCACCUCUGGAAGAAAUUUUAGAACAGGUGAAGGGAUUGGUUCAUCAGCUGAGAGACUUGGAGGAGUAUCACCGUGGUGAAGGGAUGCAGAUUCAGAAAGCUCUCGGCGACUUUUACUGGAAACAGCUGAAAUUCCGGGAACAGAUCGGAGACUUGAUGUGUAAGGAGGGAUAUGGAGAAACAUCAGUGAAAAUGUUAAAAACAUUAAACACAAUGGGUAUUUUCAAAAAUGAUGAUAUUUGGUUCCCUACGUAUUAUGCUUACAACACGAUGUGGAAUUUCUCCGAUGCCAGUGCCGAAUUAGCAAAGACAUUAGCAGAAGCUGACGUGGUGCGGUUACUAUCACUAAACUGUGGUCACAAACCCUAUAUCAAUGCAAUCCAUAGCAAAAAUGUGUACUAUGUAAUUAAAGCCUCUCUCAGUAUCCUCCAUAACAUCGCUCGCAAUCCUGACGUCAAACAUUACUUCAAGGAACAUAAAACCUCAGAGGUUAUAAGACCGUUCAUUGAAAACUCUGACGAAAUGCUGAAAGCUCUGGCCAUGUUGACUCUGGCUUACGUCGUAGAUGAAGAUGAAAACAGCACACUUAUUGACGAAACCGGUGUAAUAAAAUGUGUGUGUGAGUGGCUGAGUAAAGCCCUGUCCAAUCCAAAGCGCAGGUACCGAGGGUUUACCCCCCAGGAACUCACCCAGGGGCUGGACAAGCUGGCUGUGAAUGACAGCAAUAAAAUCAAGAUUGUGGAAGAAGGGGCCCUUCAGUCUUUCCUGAUCAUGUUGCAACACGACGACAUUAGGGAGGAGUCAAUGGCCGCUCGCGCUAUCUGGACACUUUCUUUCGACAAAAAUGUGCGACAGAAAAUCCUGGAGAUGACGGAGCUCAUUGACAUGUUAGAGAAGAUGACGCAAAGCCCCGACGAAAACCUGUCCAAAAGUUGUAUUGGUGCUUUAUGGGUCAUCCGAGAAGAGGCAGAUAACCCAAACAGACCACGCUCAGCUGGGCCAUCCAAGAGUCAUGUGUUCAUCAGCUACAGCUGGAGUGAUCGUGUCCACGUGAUGGAGAUCGCCGAUAGGUUAAAGAAAGAAGGUUAUAAUAUCUGGAUAGACGUGGAGCAGAUGGGAGGCUCCACACUACAGGCGAUGGCAGAAGCCACGGAGAACGCCACCGUCGUACUUAUCUGUAUGUCGGAGAAGUACAAACAGAGCCCCAACUGUCGCACAGAGGCGGAGUACACAUUCCAGCUUAGGAAGGAUUACAUUCCUAUCAUGAUGCAGAAGCGGUACCGCCCCGACGGCUGGCUAGGGCUCAUCCUGGGUGCCAAGCUUUACAUCGACUUCAGCGGCAAGUACCCGUUUGAGAAGAGCGUCAAUGGCCUUUUGAAGGAGCUGAGAGGUCGAGGCAAAGGCGUGCCCAAUGGUCCGCGCAGAGGAGAAACUGUAGACUUGCCCAACUCCCACGAACCCACCCUCCACCAUCAUUUUGCUACCCACAAUGCAUCACAUCCUCAUCAGAACUCGGCCGGGCACAUCAAGACCAGGGAGGAAGUUGGCAAGUGGUUGCACCAUGUUGGUCUGGGACACCUGAGUGCCUCGUUCACGCCCAUUGAUGGCCGGAUGUUGGGACAGAUCAGGGAGAUGAGGAGGGAGGCUCCAGAAUUUUUCUACCAAUCCCUGGAGAGACGGCUGGGCAUGUCGUUUGCUGACAUUCUGCUCUUCACUGACGCCCUGGACGGCCUCACAACGUAAUAUCAGCCUUUCUAAGGGGAUUCCCCUAUCUCUAUUCUGUGCCUGACCUCCUUCAGCCUAAGCAACAAAGAUGCUGAUUGGUUGAAAUGCCUCUCAUUUCUGUACAUGACGAAUGUAAGGCCCCAUCUGAUUGACCUGGAGAGAUCAAUGCAUUAAAACAUCACUGAGAAAUGAAUUUAUGAGAUGUCAGUUGGAUGAAAAACACUUCUGUGUCCUUUAGUGGAGUGAAAAUGCAUCUGAUUGACCCAGUUGAAUGAAUGUUUAAAUAGAAACACUUACUAAAAUGCAGGGAUUCCAUAAGAAAUACAGUUACUUUGGUGACUGCUUCCACAUAAGACAUGCAAGAAGUCAGCUGAUUGGCUGCAUCUACAUGUACCAGCGGAGUGAUUAACCUGGGACUCUUACCCGAUCUAUGAUUGGAUGCAAAUUUCAUGUUUCCAAGACAACUGUUUCAGGGAAUGCCUUGUAGUUGCCAGCAGAAUGGCUGGUGUUAAUGGUAAAUAUGGUAAACUGUUCUUUGAUAUAAAGCAAGUGUCCGUGAUGUGAAUUCCAGACAGAAAAUAUCUAAAGGUGAAUGUGGAUGACUGAUGUAA